AUGUCACGCGCAAUUGACCGAAUGGAAAGAGAUUAUUGGAAAGCGAAAAAAAUGGUGUCAGAUCAAGUAUCAUCAAUAUCUGAUAAAGAAUCAGUUGGUGAUACUGGUACAUCAUCGACUGCGGCACAAUUUAUCGUUAAACGAGAACCAGAUUUAAGUCAAGAUGAAAAAAAAUAUCUAGCCGCUACGGAUAGAGGUGAUAUGGCUAAUGUAAGAAAAUAUUUAGAAUCAUCGGUAUCAAGUGAAAGUGACGUUCAGAUUAAUGUUAAUUGUAUUGAUCCUUUCGGAAGAAGUGCCUUAUUAAUAGCUAUUGAAAAUGAAAAUUUAGAAAUGAUUCAAUUAUUAUUAAGUUAUAAUGUCGAUACUGGAGAAGCAUUGUUACAUGCGAUUGAUGAAGGCUUUGUUGAAGCUAUUAAUUUAUUACUUCAACAUGAUGAUCAAAAACGAAUUGCAGAAGAUAAACUUCUAUAUGAUCAAUGUUUGGACAAGCAACAUCCAUUAUUCGGUUUAGCGCAAGAUGCAUUGGAAAAACAGAGAGACGAUGUUACACAAAAGGUUACUGAACAAUUGAAUCUAAGUACAUCAAGAUCUUAUACUCCCGAUAUCACUCCUAUUAUAUUGGCCGCUCAUCGUGAUAAUUAUGAAAUAAUUCAAAUAUUAUUUAAUCGUGGAGAUUUAGUAUCAAAACCACAUGAUGUACGAUGUAAUUGUGAAAAAUGUUUAAUUUAUAAUAAAGAAGAUAGUUUGAGACAUUCACGUUCACGUAUUAAUGCUUAUAAGGCCUUAUCAAGUCCAUUUUAUAUUUCAAUAUCAAGUGAUGAUCCCAUUCAGGAAGCAUUCAAAUUAAAUCGUGAAUUAAAACGUUUAAGUCGAAUUGAAAAUGAAUUUAAAGAAGAAUAUGAAAAAUUAGCACAACAAUGUCAAGAAUAUUCAGCAGCACUAUUAGCGGAAACACGUAGUUCUAAAGAAUUAGAAAUUAUUCUUAAUUUUGAUAAUGAUAAUCCGCCAGGGUUGUCAGAAAAUGAAAAAAUGAAUUUAAGUCGAUUAAAAAUGGCUAUUAGAUAUAAACAGAAAAAGUUUGUGUCUCAUUCUCAUUGUCAACAAUUACUUGCAUCUUUGUGGUAUGAAGGUUUACCCGGUUUUCGUCGUCGACAUGCAGUCAUCAAAAUUUUAAUUACUGGACUUGUUGGACUCUUAUUUCCAUUAUUAGCUAUUGCUUAUUUAUUGAUGCCUAGAAGUCUAUUGUUAUUUAUUAUAUCACUCAGAAUUGAUUUUGGAAAAUGGUCUGAUAAAGAAGAGGAUAUGAAUGAACGUCGAGGACCACCACCAAAUCCAGUAGAAUUGGCUAUUAUGGUCUAUGUAGCAGGAUUUAUAUGGGCUGAAAUAAAACAAUUAUAUCAAGAAGGUCUCCAUCAGUAUAUGGCUGAUACAUGGAAUCUAUUAGAUUGGAUUACAAAUUGUUUAUACGUUGCCACAAUUAUAUUGCGUGUUAUGGCCUAUAUUAAAGUAAACAAAGAAGAACGAGAUCGUCUAGUGAAAAUGGCCAAGGCAAACAUAACGGCAACAAUAUCUCAUAUUGAUAGAAAAGACUGGGAUCCGUGGGAUCCUACUCUAAUAUCUGAAGGUGUUUUUGCAGCCGCUAAUAUUUUUAGCUCAUUAAAACUAGUUUAUAUUUUUACCAUAAAUCCACAUUUGGGACCAUUACAAAUAUCACUAGGACGAAUGGUUCAUGAUAUUUUAAAAUUUUCUGUAUUAAUUAUGUUAGUUGCAUUUGCAUUUGCAUGUGGUCUUAAUCAAUUAUUUUGGUAUUAUGCACGAAUGAAAAAACGAGAAUGUGCAGCACAAUUAGCACAAUCAGCAUCGGAUGAAUAUUGUGCAAAAGAUAUUUAUAAACAUUUUUCCAACUUGUUUGAAGCAUUGCAAACAUUAUUUUGGGGAACAUUUGGGCUGAUUGAUCUUCAGACAUUCCAGAUACAUAAAAGGCAUACAUUCACAAUGUUCAUUGGACUAUUAAUGUAUGGUGUAUACAGUAGUAUAAUGAUUAUUGUCCUAUUGAAUAUGCUUAUCGCCAUGAUGAGUAACAGUUAUCAAUACAUAGCCAAUCAAACAGAAACAGAAUGGAAAUUUGCUCGUGCUAAAUUGUGGACAAGUUAUUUUGAAGAUGGUGGUACAUUGCCUCCUCCAUUUAAUAUUAUUCCGAGUCCAAAAUCAAUUUACUAUGUUAUCAGAUAUUUAUAUUGGCGAGUAUGUGGAUGUUCAAGACGAGAAUGGAAAAAUAGAUGGCAAAGUCUUAAUAAAAUAAUGACUAAGAUGAACGAACGAAGAACAAAAUAUAGAUGUGUAAUACGUGAGUUAAUUAAACGAUAUACAAUUAAACGUCAACAGAAACAUCAUACGGGAGGUGUAACUGAAGAUGAUUUGGAUGAAAUUAGAAAGGAUAUAUCAGCAUUCAGAUUUGAAUUACUCGAAAUUCUCACCAUGAAUGGAUACAAUAUACAAAUGUCGAAAAAAAAUCCCGGUAAGGCUGUGAAACGUAUUUAUUCAACAGGGAAAAUUGAUUGUGUUUUACAGAGACUAGAAAGUUUGUGCCUGUAGAGAAAUUAUUAGAGCGUAAAACAAAACGUUUGUUGUAUCAGAGUGAAAUUAGCUAUUUGAUGCAUGUAUUACAUUUAGUAUAAAUAAUACAUAAUUUCUAAACUAGUCAAAUCAUUUUAACUUUUUUCUUCUUUAUUAGACCCAAUUAUAACUAUAUGUUGAUAAAUGCGAAAGUUUUUCAGGUUUUAUUCAAAGCAUGUAGUAUGGUUACCAAUUCACAUAGCCAUGAUCAUGAAUGAUUGUGAAACUAUAAAACAGAUUAAAUGUUAAAAGUUGUACAUGCUGUUAUAAGAUAACGGUUAACAAUAUGUCCACACAAUAGCAAAUUAUGUAACGAAAAUAUUCAAUACUAAUCAACGAGUUAAUCAUGAUUAAUAGUAGACCGUCUGAGGGCUAUUCAAAAUUCACUAACUACUUCAAAAAGGUGAAGUCCGCAUAAGAACGGAAAUCGGCCCACUAACAAUAACCGCUGCAAUCGGUCCAAACCUCAUCAGAAUCACAUCCAAUUAUGAUAUUCAAUGAUUUCGACCCUUCCGAGCGCUUUUAGUCGAAUAUACCCGACAGAAUCCACUCGAAAAGGAGCGAUGAUUUAGCACCCA